UUUGGUUGCAUAAAAAGCAUGAGUUCUGCCAAAACAGAACCUCCUAUAGGCUGCCAGUCCACAUUGGUGCUACCAAUAGCCAAUCAUAUCCCUUACUUGUCACUCCCAGGAAUGUUUGGCAUGCUCAUGUUGCUCUCCAACUUUUUGAAUGUGGCUCAUUGCUCAUGGGUAAUAAAGGUUGGGGACCCCUGGUUUAUAUAUUUAAUCCACUUGCUCCAGUUACACCCUCCCAAGAUGUCGGAAUGUGACUCAAGUCUUCCUGAAGAACGUAAGUCUGAAAAUGAGCAGGCGCCUGCAGAAGAGACUUUCAUAAAAAAUCAUAGUUCUGGGAUUCAUUGGCGACAACCUUCCACAGACCCCAUGAAGUUUUAAAGUAUCCUUAAAAGAAGACAGGGACAAUGAAUUAGCUUACAAACAGGUAUAAUCUGAUAACAAGGGAAUAUGGUCAGCUGAAAAGGUGGGUAUUAGAAUUAUACAGCCAUAGCCACAGCAGAUAUUUCCUAUGUUAGCUUAUAGCUUUGCCAGAGAGAUACCUCAAACUGUGCCAUAGCCAUUCCCUUAUUCACCACCACCUUAUUGUUUCAUUUAGUUGUGUAAUAACCAAAGAGCUAGUGAAAACUAAGGCUGAUUUAAUUUUCUGAAAUGUUAGAUUCCUGUCAUGUAUUAUGAAGACGAAGAUUCAUUGGAAGAUGAAGACCGAUCAUCAGUAGAACAGACAAAGCUAUCAGUGAUGAAUAAUGAUUGCACUGGAGAUUUUAUCUCAAUAAAUGAGAAUGGAGAGACUUGCAGUCCACCACGCUCCCUCAGAUUGACAGCAGAAGAAGAGAAUAUCAAGCCUGAUGCACAUGAAAAGACUGUAUCAGGACAGUACAUUUACACCCAACAAGAACCUGCAGAGGGACCAUUUGGAAGAAUGGAUGCUGAGAGCUUCAGCAUUUACAACUCCAUAGAUCCCAAAACCGGGCAGGUUAUAGAGGUGACCACCUAUGUAUGCACCGAGUGCGGAAAAAGUUUUACCGACAGGACAGUUUUUUUCAGGCAUCAGAAAUAUCACACCUUGGAGAAGCCGCACACAUGUAAUGUAUGUGGCAAGACAUUUUCCUACAACUCACACCUUGUUAUUCAUCAGAGGAUCCACGCAGGGGAAAGACCGUAUUCAUGUUCCUAUUGUGGUAAGAGUUUCACCGACCGUCCGUCUCUUGUAAAACAUGAACGUAUCCACACAGGAGAAAAACCAUUUGCAUGCACUGUAUGUGGCAAAUGCUUCACUGAUAGGUCUAAUCUGGUAAAGCAUCACAGGAUCCACACCCGAGAAAAGUCGCUCACGUGUAUAGAAUGCGGGAAGAGUUUCACCGACCGGUCAAACCUUGUCAAACACCAGAGGAUCCACAUGGGAGAGAAGUUUUUCGAAUGCAGAGAAUGUGGGAAAAGGUUCACCAAGAACUCAAUGCUUGUGGUCCAUAGGAGAAGCCACACUGGGCAGAAACCAUAUGCAUGCAAGGAGUGCGGAAAAAAAUAUUCAUGUAAUUCACAUCUUAUUGUGCACCAGAGAACUCACAUGGGGAAACAGCCUUUUGUCUGCCAAGAAUGCGGGAAGAGUUUUACAGACAGUUCGACACUUGUUAUACAUCAGCGAGUGCACACAAGAGAGAAUCCAUUUGUGUGCAUGACAUGUGGCAAUAGAUUCAGCAAGGUGUCAGCUAUGGUUAAACACCAGAGAACCCAUACAGGUGAAAAGCCAUUUGGUUGUUCCCAGUGCGGGAAAAGUUUCAGCAACAGUUCAUUGCUUGCUAAACAUCAAAGGACACAUACAGGAGAGAAACCAUUCUGUUGUAUACUUUGUGAUAGACACUUUGCUGCCCGUUCUACUCUUGUCAAGCAUGAGCUGACCCACACUAGGGAGAAACCAUACACGUGUACAGACUGCGGAAAAUCUUUCUCUUGCAACUCACACCUUGUCGUUCACCAGCGAUUCCAUACUGGCGAGAAACCGUUUCCAUGCACUGAAUGCGGUAAAAGCUUUACAGAUAGUUCAACCUUGGUCAGGCACCAGAGAAUACAUACAGGAGAGAGACCUUUUGUGUGCAACUACUGUGGAAAAAACUUUAUAGAUAACUCAACACUCAUCAAACACCAAAGAAUUCAUACAGGCGAGAGGCCAUAUUUGUGUAAAGUUUGUGGAAAAUGCUUCACCGAUAGUUCAACCCUGGUGAAACACCAGCGGAUCCAUACGGGAGAGAAACCUUAUACGUGUAACGACUGUGGCCGGAGUUUUACUGAUUGCUCCACACUUCUCAAACACCAGAAAAUUCAUAGAAGAGGAGAUUCAUUAGCCAACAACAUCACUGAGAAUACUGGCCCUGGAAAUUUAGAUCAGGUUAUUGGUACAGAGUUGACGCAAUAAAACUGGGAAAUAUUGACAAAAGCAGUGUUAAUAUGUGAGAAGGAGUAUUAAAGUAAGAGCUGAGUACAAGUGUUGGAAAGCAGAGCUCCGUACUGGGUAGACAUGGUUACUUUUAAGUAUUCUAACACCUAUCAGACCUAUGUAUCCAAGGGAACGUUUAUGGAGACAGCUCUGCUGAUAAGCCUUUGUUCUUCUCUCUAUCUUAUAUGGCUCCACAUGGUGCCCUAAUAGCAAUGUUCAAAUUUAUUUUAUAUUUUCAAGGGAAACUUUCCCUUGCAUAAAUAAUUUUGAGACUUUCCUGUGAAGUCCAGCUUCAACAGGAUGGAAAAUGCACUUUGGUGAGUCUUCAAAUCCAAAAUGUUACAUAAUCUAAAAAAGGUUGUAAUAGUGUAUUUAUGGACAAUAUCUCUGUUACAUUAUGUGCAAAUGUAUUCUUCAGGACAUGUUCUGCAUUUGGUUUGUCAUUUGGUUUAACAUGAGGUAGAGACUACAUACAGAGAGCAUAAUGAGAAGUCAAAGCCAAAACUUCAAGGAGGCAAUGAGAUACGAUGAAGCAAUGUGACAUUGAAGAUGAUCAGAGAGUUUACAUACGUUUUAUUGCAAAUGCAUGGAAACAGAUGUUAUUAGAAAAUGCUAAGAGUUAAAGGAGAACUAAAGCCUAACUAAAGAAGUAAGGUAGAAAUGUUGUGCAUAAUGUGUUGGGCUUCUAUACAAGCCCAAGGCAACCACAGCCCU